AUGUGCAGGUGUUUCGUAUCGAUCGACGCUCGUCACGCGCCGCCCACCCCCAAGCAGAGGACAUUGCGAGUGGUUGUGCAACGUCUGGAUCUGGUCCGCCCAACGAAGUACACUGCGACUUCUUGUCUUCAUUUAGCGUCUGAGUUCAAGCUAUUCUAUUCUAGUUUGUAUUGUGAAAAGAUUUACUAUACGCAGUUGUGGUCGGGCACACUGCUGUUGAAGCCUGAGGCCGCUAAGGAGUAUAAGUUAACGCUGGAUGAGCUAGUGAACAACAAUAAAACACAAAUUAACCUGUUAACGAUACUAGCUGAAGAUUAUCAGCAACACGCAGCUGCGAUUGUGGAAACGAUAGAAAAGCAGAUAUUUACCGUGCCAAAACCACAGAAGUUGCCAAUUAUGUAUGUUGCCGAUUCGAUCAUGAAGAACAUCGGGAAUAGCGACUAUAAAGAGUUGUUCGCAAAAAUAAUUGUCCGACUCUUUCUUCAUGUGUUCCUUGAGGGUGAUGAAGCAGUGCGAUCGGCGCUGUACCGCCUGCGUCAAACGUGGGGUGACGUGUUCAAUCGAUCGAAGCUGUAUCAACUAGACAUCAAAGUGAACGAAAUUGAUCGAGCAUGGCCUCUCACUGCGUUGAAGCAAGGCGGAAAGCCCCCUGUCAUCACAAGUGCACCAUCGAACCCCACUUCAUCACUUCCAAUCGCCCCUGCACUCAAGCAGAUACAUGGCAAAGUUCACGUCAACCCAAAGUUUAUACAGAACAACGGACAAAAUACAGCGAGUGAAGCUACUGUCAAGAAAAGCGCCAAGUCCGAUGUACCGAAACGCGUACGCUUCAAAACUGAAGAACUUAAAGAGCCCAAAAAAGAGUUGAUCGAUGAGUUAUUGGAACUGCCACCGGUGAGAGGAUGUGAUCGUGCGAUCAAAUCGGAACCUGAUGAACCUACACCUCCAGCUCGUCUCAGUCCACAGCCGCCAAAAAGAAAGGCAGCUCUGUCCGCUGUACAUCAUCUAGAUUCGAAACGGAAACGCUCUCCUCCCAAAUCAUUUGACGAGGAUCUAAGGUCGCUGCCCGGUCCAGCUGCAAAAGAUGGAACUGUUGUAAAGCCAACUGCCAUUCUUGGAUCGCAUGCCUUCACUGCUCACGCGAAGUCUUCUCUGAGUCGAGUACAGCAAGCUCAACUCCCUCUCCCAGGACGAUCUUCACCACCUGCUGCUACGAAUGGACUUUUAAUGCCACCUACGCAAGUCUCUGUUGUAGCACCUACUGCUACUACUCUUCCAAUGCCUCCAACAUUCCACGGGCAAUCCACAGUGGCCGGCCCAGGAAGUUUACCGAUGCCUCCAAAUUACCAUCCCCCUGUUGCUCCAUCCACAUCUUCUCUAGCUCUGCCGCCAAACUAUGUAGCACCAUCCACCGCUCCUGUUGCUUCUCUGGCUGGGUCUUCUGCGCUCCCAAUGCCGCCGAAUUAUCUUCCUCCUACGUCUUCAAGUGCGAAUUUACCUAUGGCACCACCGGUUCUGGGACCAACUGGCUUCCCCAUGCCUCCAGGAUAUCGAGCACCAACUCCAGCGGUUGUUACAACUAAUGCGCCUACGGCAGCUGUCAUCCCUUCUACUGCAAGUGCACUGCCUCAGGCACCUUCAGGAUCAAAUGCGGUUAUAACCACUGAAGCUCCAGUAAAGCUUGAUAUUCCGUCGAACAAUCGCAUAUUUGUUGAUGGAAAAGCGCAUGAGGUGGAAUACGUUAAUGAUAUAGCUGUGAUAGAGAGGAAUGGUCUACCUCAUAAAAUUUAUUUUGCUGGAACUCCUCGCAACGUUAUAAUAGAUGGCGUUCCUCAUCUUCUGCAUUUUGGUGAAACCAAGGCAGUUAUAAUCGAUGGUCAAGAGCACAUUCUCCGUUUUGGUGCUCCAAGUCGUGAACUUUACCUUAACAACUUUGCCUUUAAAGGACAAUUUGGGGGUGCUCCUAUUGUUGCUACAAUAAACGGUCGACGACAUGAAAUUCGGUUGGCUGGUCCCGCACCUGAUGUGAAGAUCAAUCCUGAUCCUGCCUAUGAACUGACGGCUGAAUUGAAUCGGAUACGGGCAAAUAAAGGUGAAAAUAAGCAAGAGCCUUCAUUAGAUCCAUUCAAUCUUCUAAAGAAACUUCAACAAAGCGGAUUUUUGAAAAAGCCCGAGCCUGCUCCAGCACCUCCGCCCAAUCCUUCGACCCGAGAUCGUCUCAGACACACAACAAUGAUGCUUAGAGACACUACGCCGCCAAUUCCAAGCGAGCACAGUGUGAGCAUAAUAGAGCGACGGGCCGUUCCUGCUGCACCUCUGAAAGAGUUCAAUAUGAGGAUUCUUAAAAUUCGAUACGAUAGCGUGGUGGAUGCCCUCCACGAGAAACAGCAAAACGCUUGUCCACAUUGUGGUCAGCGAAUGGAAUUACGCGGAGAGAGGUACGAACGACACUUAGACUGGCAUGUGAAGAGAAAUUUGAAAACAUUUGAAAAGGCCAGCACAUGUAGACCAUGGUAUGCUAGUAGCAAGGAAUGGUUGAAAAGUGAAGAGGAAGAAGAAACCGGCAUUAGCGCUACAAGCUGCACUACUGAAACAAUGGAGGAAAAUCUGCCUGUAAUAGCAGUUUCAGCUCGUGAAGCAAUAAACAAGAGUUGCGCUGUGUGUUGUGAAGAUUUCGAAGAGUAUUGUGAUGAGGACGAUGAUGGUGUGUGGAAACUCAAAGACUGUGUUAUAGUAAAUAAUCAGGCGUAUCACUCGGCCUGUGUCCAAGAUGCAUCAAUGGUUGAAGACGCGCCAUCGCAAGAGUCGUCAGAAUCAUGUGAUACAAAAAGUUUUGUAAAGGAUACCAAGAUGUCCACUUUGGCGUUGCUUGUUGAAGCCAGUGCAUGUGCUUGGGGAAAUUUAGCCGUUCUUCAUGGAAGUGAAACGAUUAACGACGUCAUCAGAGCAGUGAUUUCUUUUGCAAACUCACAUCUUUCCAUAUCCGCAUCCAAUCAACUGUUACUCUUCGCUUUCGCGAACAAAAUAAAACGCCGAUUGCUCUAUAACUCUCAAAGAGGAGCUGCCGUUGAUGCGUCUACAGCAAUGCUGAACGCGUUGCGUGAUACGCUUCGUGAUAGUGCUAAUUCUGAUGAUGAUCGUAUGGGAAGCCCACUUGCCGCUGUUCUUUCGCAUGCUAUAUGUCAUUUGAAACGCAGCGAAAGUUUGCCAACCGUCAACGAUGACUUGAUGAAAACCACUUCUACUGGACGAGUGGUAAUUGUUGCAAUGACUGUCGAUUUUGGCACUGAACACAGUCCAUUAAUGAAUCUGUUCUUUUCUGCUGCUAAGCAUGGCAUUUGUGUGGACGUAGUGUCUCUGGUUGAACCUAGCCCUCUUCUCCAACAGGCAGCCGAUAUUACAGGGGGUAUAUUCUUACAUGUGGAACAACCCAGUAAACUACUUGCUAGCAUGAUGACACAUCUUCUCGGUAAUCCUUCCUCAAGAUCUCUGUUUCCACAGCCUUCUUUGAAGGAGGUUGAUUAUCGCGCAUCUUGUGCAUGCCAUCACGAAUUAGUAUCGUCGGGAUGGGUGUGUUCGGUCUGCCUUUCCGUUUUGUGCCAAUUUACGCCAAUCUGCAAAGCAUGCGGUGCUAUUUUCAAAGUGAAUAAUUUGCCAAGAAAAGCCCAAAAGCGAAAGCGAAAACAAUGA